CCCAUACUAAGUACAAACACCAGCUAUCCUAAACAAUGCACGUCCUUUUAACCAACGAUGAUGGCCCGCUCAACGACAAUCAUUGUCCCUACAUGAAAUACCUCGUUGAUGAAAUAAACUCCUCUACAGACUGGGAUCUAUCCAUUGUGAUCCCGGACCAGCAACGCUCCUGGAUUGGUAAAGCACAUUUUGCCGGUAAGACAGUUAGUGCCAGCUACAUCUACACUACCCACUCCACCUCGGCCCCCACGGAUCAGAUUAACAGCUAUCUUGGUCCAUUCAAUCGUCCAGAAACUAAGUACCACAAUGACCCAGCUUAUCAAGAAUGGUGUUUGAUAAAUAGCACCCCGGCUGCGUGUGCCGAUAUUGGAAUUCAUCAUUUGUACAGCCACACCAAGAACAAGCCGAUCGAUUUGGUGAUUAGUGGUCCUAAUUUCGGUAAGAACUCCAGCAAUUUGUACAUUUUGGCCAGCGGGACCGUGGGUGCGGCCAUGGAAGCCGUAACACAUGGAGUCAAGGCGAUUGCCGUGAGCUAUGCAUUUAACAAUAUGGAUCACGAUUUCCACAUUUUGAAAGAGGCGGCAAAGAUCUCCGUGAAGUUAAUUCAGAAGUUGUAUGCCGAGUUGCAAGCGAGCGAAGAGAUCGACUUGUUUAGUAUCAAUGUUCCAUUGAUUGAUUCUUUGAAGUUGGGAAGCACCAAGAUUCACUACGCUCCGAUUUUAAAAAAUACUUGGAAGUCGAUAUAUGCGCCCGUGGCUGAACCUAACGAGAAGGGCCAAUUGCAGUUCCUGUGGAGUCCUAACUUCAAGCAGGUGUACAAGGAUGGAAUGAAGGAUUUCGCACAUACUGAUAGCAGAGUAUUGUUGGAUGAAGGUAUCAGUGUUACUCCAUUGAAAGCUGGGUUUGCCAUGGUUGAUAAAUUGGGCGAAAUCACAUUGGAAGAUUCACAACAAGAAACAAGUGAUAAGAGUUUCCUUAUUACUAUACCUCAAGAGUCAUACCUUUACAACCCAUUAGUUGAACCCUUCAAGAAACUAGGCUAUAACAUAACUGCAAGCCGUGAUGUACUCAAUAGCCAAGCAAAGAUAUUCCACUAUGGAGAAUAUGAAGAUAUAGAUCUUGACAGGAUCCACGAUUCAAAUUAUAUCCUCCCUUCAUAUAUUUAUAGAAAGGCGUUGAUUAGAAAGCAUUAUCUUGCCAAUACGAUUCAUCACUACGUUACUAAACAUCCAGAGUCUAUCUUGGCCAAGGCAGUCCCCGAAAGUUAUCAACUUGAAGUUGAUUACGCCGAGUUCUUGGAUGAUGCCUUGGAUGACGCUUACGAAUUGCGCGACGAAGUAAAUCAAGGUGAUAAAGUAUGGAUCUUGAAACCUAGUAUGAGUGACAAAGGCCAGGGUAUUAGGAUAUUCAGAACAUUGGACCAAUUGCAAGAAAUCUUCAAUUCGUUUGAAGAAGAAAGCGAUGAUGAAGAUGAAGAUGGAGAUGCCGAAAACGGAGAAGCGGAGGACAACAAUGGAAUUAUCCUUUCACAAUUACGUCAUUUCAUAGUUCAAGAAUACAAAUCGAGUCCAUUGUUAUUGCCCAGUUAUGACAACAAGAAAUUCCAUUUGCGUACUUAUGUUGUGUGUAAGGGGGACUUGCAAGUUUUCGUGUAUGAGAACAUUCUUACAUUAUUUGCCGAUAAACCGUUUGAGUUGCCUGAGGAGGAAGAGGAUGAAAUAUCAAUGGCGGGACAUUUGACAAAUACCUGUUUACAAGGAGAAGACCCGUUGGUUGUGCCGUUCUGGAAGUUGGAUGGUGUCAGUGAGUCUGAGAAACAGACUAUAUUUCAGCAGAUUUGCGAUAUUGUGAAGGAGUUGUUUAAAGCAGCCACCAGUGUCGACAAGAUGAACUUUCAGCCGUUAGCUAAUGCAAUUGAGAUUUUUGGUGUUGAUUUCUUGGUUAAUGACGACCAUUCGGUCAGUUUGUUAGAAGUCAAUUCAUAUCCUGAUUUCAAGCAAACUGGGGAUGACUUGAAGGAGCUAAUCUAUGAAUUGUUUGACAGAGUAAUCACUGAAGUUGUUGAUCCUAUGAUUCGUGGAGAUGGAAAUGACGUCACGGACAGUACCUUGGUUGAAGUGUUGGAUCAAUAGAGAGUAGAGAGUAGACAGUAGACAGCGGACAGUAGACAUUUGACAAUAAACAGUAGAGAGCAGGCACUAGA